GGAAGUGGAGAGGGAGUUCCGCGCACGUAUCUAUUGGUUCUGCCUCGAUGGCGGGCAGCCGUACCGGGGUUUUGCGAGCGCUGCAGGCAGUGGACACCGAGCUUACUGCGGACUCGGUGGAAUGGUGCCCGGUUGAGGGUUGCCAGCAUCUGCUGGCCUGCGGAACCUACCAGCUGCGAGCGCCCAAGGACCAGGUGCAUGGCUGGGAGGUUGAGGCCGGGGCAGAAGAGGGACUGCUAACCUAAAAGGUCUAGAACUGAGUACUAAUGGGAAGGGACUUUUUGGGACUGUGCCUAUUUCCGGAAGGUUUUCUGAGCAUCCAAAAAAACCGCUUAAGAGAAUUAUGGCUAUGUAACUGCUGGCAGGUCGGAACUGUACUGGCUGUACUGGAUCCGGGAGAGCUCCCUUGUUCGUUGAACACUUAGCAGGAAAGGUUUCCUCAGAAAUUCAAAGCAUCUACCUUAGAAGCUGUUCUCUGCCUUGGCCCUCCUCUUUGCUCCAGUUAGGCUUCCCAUCCUUUCUUAUCUCAGUACCUGUUGAGGUAAUCAGAGAAUAUAUUUUGUAGCCUGCACCGGAUGGCAGUGAGCCUCAAGUUCGUUUAGGUCGUCUCUACCUGUUCAGCUUCAGUGAGGACAACACGGCUAAACCUCUGCUUGAGGUCCAAAGAAGGGAUUCUUCUGCUGUCCUGGACAUGAAAUGGUGCCAUAUCCCAGUGUCUGGCCAUGUGCUUUUAGGCUUGGCAAAUGCCAGUGGAUCUGUAGAGCUGCUCCGCCUGAUGGAAUGUGAGUAGAAGAACAGCUAUACCCUGCAGCUUAUAUCCAGCCUUGCCCUGGAUGAGAGCUGUCUAUCCUUAUCACUGGAUUGGUCCACUGGGAAAUCUGUAAGGUAAGGACUAGACUUGGUUGGGGUCUGAGUCUCCUGAGGAACAUUUCUUGUUUCUGUUCUAGAGAGGAUUAAAGCUGCCUUCUGCUACCUUGGUUCCCCAAAUCUGUAUGUCACUCUCAGUCCUCACCUUAAAAACUAAAAAUUUUGGGAAAAUUAGUGAUGAGAAGAUGAGAGAGAGGUUCAAGAGAAGCAACCAUGGUUUCAGUAACAAACUAUGUGACAGUUUCAUCGUUGGCCAGACACCCACGAAGCUGUCUUGGAAGCUUGGUUACCCAGAAGUAUCUUCUGGGACAUAUAUUUUAGAGCUAGAAGAGAAUGGGCGUGAUGGUUCUUCCCUUUAAUGCCAGUUCGGGAAGCUGAGGCAGGUGGAUUUCAAGUUUAAGGCUGACUUGUCUCAAAAACAAAGGAAAAAAACCCAGAAAAGGAUGCUAAGUAGAUUAAGUACCAGCCUCUCUAUUGGCUCCGUGUUUCCAGGGCCAGAGAGCAGCCGUUGAAGAUCAUUAGCAGUGACUCUAAGGGGCAGCUGCACCUCCUGCUGCUGAGUGAGGGCGCAGCUCAACUACAGCUGCUGGCUUCUUGGCCAGCCCAUCACUUUGAGGCCUGGAUCGCUGCUUUCAAUUACUGGCAGACCGAACUUGUAUAUUCAGGGGGAGAUGACUGCCUUCUGAGAGGCUGGGACACUAGGAUGCUGGGCAAGCCUGUCUUCACUAGCAAAAGACACUCCAUGGGCGUGUGCAGCAUCCAGAGCAGCCCCCAUCGGGAGCACAUCCUGGCUACCGGAAGCUAUGAUGAGCAUGUUCUGCUGUGGGACACUCGGAAUGUAAGACAACCGUUGGCAGAUGUGCCAGUGCAAGGAGGCGUGUGGCGGCUCAGGUGGCACCCGGUCCACCACCAUCUACUCCUGGCGGCCUGCAUGCACAACGGCUUCAAGAUCCUCAACUGCCAGAAGGCCAUCGAGGAGAAGCAGGACAUAACUGUUCUAACCUCCCACACGAUGCCUAACUCAUUAGUGUAUGGGGCUGACUGGUCCUGGCUUCUUUUCCACUCCGUGAAGUCCACACCUGCCUGGUCCUUGGAUCAAAAUGACGUGGGAGUCAAAGCAGCAGACCACGAUAGCCUGAAGGCUGCACAGCAGCUGCCAGCCCCUUCUCAGGAGCACACAGUGGAUCACCACGGGGAAGGCCCUGCGAGAGCUCACAGCAGAGCGGAACUGAAGGAUCCUCUGCUUCCACUAACAGAGGACAGGAAGAGCAACAGCAAAGGAUCCUGCUCACCCUCAGUCAAGAGGAGUGGUCUUAGCCGCCGCCCUAGUGGACACAACUUUGACAGCAGCCUCCUGGCCACCUGCUCCUUUUAUGACCAUGUUCUCCACCUUUGGAAGUUGGAGACAAAGCAAACCUGAGGCUGCACUCUUUGCAGGGAUACUGGAUGUGAUCUGGGGAGUGCUGGCCAUUGAGAAUGGUCUCUGUGAUGCUGUCGUGGCAGUGAGUGGGAUUUUCUAGCUCUAAUAAAGUGUCUUGGGUAUAUUUUUA